GAUAAAAGCGAUUAUCAUCUUUAGAACAGCUGAUGGCUUUGACAACCAGAAACAAAUUUCUAAGUAAACAAAUAAUUUUUUUUCUUCACAAGCAAUGCGAAUAUGCAUGGCCUCGGACUUUUUCUAUCCCAGCAUAGGUGGAGUAGAAGAGCAUAUAUUCAAUUUAUCUCAGAUUUUACUAAAAAGAGGACACAAGGUAAUAAUACUAACUCACUGCUAUGGCGAUUGUAAGGGUAUACGUUAUUUGACCAAUGGUCUAAAGGUGUAUUAUCUGCCCAUUAAAGUUUUCUAUGCUCAAUCGAUAUUGCCCACAAUUAUUUGUAAUGCUCCGUUGAUAAGAAGUGUUUUAAUUCGUGAACAAAUUGAAUUAGUUCAUGGUCAUUCGGCAUUUAGUGCUUUGGGUCAUGAGGCGAUGACAAUAGCAUCCUUAAUGGGUUUAAAGACCGUUUUCACUGAUCACAGUUUAUUUGGUUUUGCGGAUUUAUCCGCCGUGUUCACCAAUAAAAUGUUGGAAAUUGAUUUAACUUGUGUUAAUCAUUGUAUAUGUGUUUCCCAUAUAGGCAAAGAAAAUACUGUAUUGAGAGCUCGUGUUCCAAAAGAAAAAGUUUCUGUGAUACCAAAUGCUGUUGAUACUGCCCUAUUUACACCAGAUCCUAGCCAAAGACCAACUGAUGGUACAAUCAAUAUCGUUGUUGCUUCCCGUUUAGUUUAUCGCAAAGGUAUCGAUCUCUUAGCCAACAUAAUACCACGCUUCAAAUCUAUGCCACAUAUAAAAUUCAUUAUAGUAGGAGAUGGUCUGAAACGAGAAUUGCUAGAGGAAAUACGAGAAAAAGCCAAUAUGCAAGAUCGUGUCGAAAUGGUUGGAGCGGUCGAUCAUUCAAGAGUACGUGAUUAUCUGGUUCAAGGUCAUAUAUUUGUGAAUACCUCUUUAACGGAGGCCUACUGUAUGGCUAUUGUAGAGGCAGCCUCUUGUGGCCUGCAGGUGGUAUCGACUCGAGUUGGUGGUAUACCCGAGGUGUUGCCGGAAAGCCUAAUUAUACUUACAGAACCAGAAAGCGAUUCAAUUUAUGAGGGUGUUAUGAAAGCCAUAAAACGUUUAAUGGUUUAUCAACAACAAAAUUGUGCCAUGAAUAAUAGAAAUUUAAAUUGUGUCAAAUACAGCAGUAAUGAUCGAGCUAACGGGGAGAAUGGUGUUAUAGACAAUGGUAGCAUACAAAAUGGCAAAUAUGCGCGUAAAAAAUACAAAAGAAAUAAUUCCAAUUCAAGCAAAAAAGAGCAGAAACACAACUCUUCCUUUAACACUGCAGAUUCCCUAGAUUCAGAUGACUCUAAAGCGGUUCUAUGCCCCUAUAAAUGUAAUGAAAUUGUUGCCUCUCUUUACAAUUGGAAUAAUGUGACUCAACGUACGGAGAAAGUGUAUGAUCGAGUCAUGCAAGAGCCUACUCGUAGUUUUGGUGAAAUUUUACAUUCCUAUCUGAAUGCCAAUGUAUGGUCUAUGCUUUUGGCCAUUUCCAUGUUACAUUUAAUAUUGAGAUUUUUAGAAUAUAUCCGCCCCGCUCGUUAUACGGAAAAAGCUAAAGAUCUUCCAAGUUAUUAUAAAAAUUAAAAACCUUUCAGGGUUUUAAUAGAAGAUGUUGUUUGUUUACUUAUGUAUUUGUUGGUCUUUAUGUUUGAUGCUAUUUUUUUUUAAUUAAAGGCAUUUAGUAUUGAAUUUAUGUAAUUUAUACCAAAUAGUAAUUAAAUUUUAGAAAAUAAAUAAAUAUGACGAUAUUUAGAAGCUAAAGAAUCGAGUUUGUCCUAAUUUAGUUGUAGUUCUGUUCCUGUUUCUUUGCUUCCCUUUUAAACUUGUCUAGGAAGCCUAAGAUGUUGAGACAUCAAUUACAAAUCAAGCUUAAUUGCACCCUUUUGAAAGUUUUUAUGCAAAUCGAUG